AUUGUUAUUCGUUCGUUCGUUAGCGCCGAAUGCGUGAAUUUUUGCGGAGCGAUCGACUCCCCGUGACUGCUUCGGUGUCGCGUCGUUUCCUCGACGAACUUUAAUGCCACAGCGCCAAGGGCGCUUUAUUCGUUUUACCCGCAAUGACGAUACAGGUGGACAUCAACCUGGACAUGCUCCCGACGUCCGUGGACCUCGUCUUCCCGGACGGCGUCCCCAAGGGCGGGACGCUGGAGCUCAAUCUUCACCGAGCGUCGUCGCGGUUCACCUACGUGAACGAGGUACAGCGCGUGCCCGUCGUGCGACAGAAGCCGACCCUGCUCGACCAACGCUACAUCGAGCAGAACAUCGCCGUCCGCGUCGUGGGCGACGCUGACGCUCGCGCGGCCCAGUGUUUGAUCAGAGCGGCCCAGCAUCGCGAUGCGGGAGAACCGCGGAAACCGCCUCCCGCUCCGCCGUUGCCGCCGGCUCCCCCUCCGAAUCCCGUCGGCGCUCCCACGGCCUGCGAGAUCGUCGUCGAACAGGAGUCCGGCGCCACGCACCUCGUCGUCCACAGCGAUCCAUCGGCGACGACCCCGUCGCCGUUCGUGGGGCAGGUCCCCAUCUACGUCUGUUCCGUGUGCAGUUACCAGACCAAAAUCGAGCAGGACGCGGUGGAUCACGUAAGAUCCCACUGCGACGCGUCUCCGUCGUCGCCUUCCGACGACGCGGGCGGUUUGAGAGACACGCCGGAGCGUACGGGGCUGAGACGGCAAGCGCCGAAGCGGGACAAGCCAGGCCGACCCCGUAAAAAGUCCUUCAAGUGCACCGAAUGCAGCAAACAUUUCGUGGCCGACGGCCUGCUGCGCAUCCAUAUGCGAGUGUACCACGGGGGUCCCUUACACUGCAAGCUCUGCUCGACCAAAGUACGUAGCGAGCGCGAGCUAGAGAAACACAUGCAGGCCGAGCACGCCGACCGCGCCCCGCACCGCUGCUGCCACUGCGACUCGCCCUUCUUCAACGCCGAGCUGCGGACAGCUCACGAGCUCAAGUGCCCCGUGGCCCGGCAACAGAAGAAGAUGGUGGCCUGCCAGCUGUGCGACUUCUCCACGUCUGAGGCAAACGAGAUGUGCCAGCACAUCCAGGAUGUGCACGCGGAAAAGGUCAUCUACACGUGCGAGCCGUGCGGCAACCUAUCCCUCGACUACAGCCUGCACCAGGAGCACUUGAAGUCACACAAGCCUGGGGCACCCCAAGCGGUGCCCGCAGGCAGGCUUCCCAAGGCCCCCGUCCAGUGUCCGCUCUGCAAGAAGGAGUUCAAAAACAACCGCACCCUCAAGGAGCACAUCAAGCGCCACCCUAACACGGUGCGGCACGUGUGCGAGCGCUGCGGCGAGGGCAUCACCACCAACGUGGGUCUCAUCAAGCACAUGAACCAGCACAACCGGCAGGCGGCUCGCAAGUACAAGUGCCUCUUCUGCAGCAAGUGCUUCCAGACGUCGUUCAGCGUGAGCCGUCACAUGCGGAAUAUCCAUCUGUUCGACCACGAGCACGGCUGCGACCUGUGCCCUCACAAGUUCGCCACGGUCAAGGAGAAGACAGAGCAUGUGGCCAAAAUGCAUGCGUCGGCCGUGCGCAAGGGCCGCACGCUGCACACCUGCCCUGACUGCAGCUUCCAGACGAUGAGCAUGGGCAGGUUCGAGCGCCACCGCGCCUCCCACACGGGCGUCUACCCGCACGAGUGCCCCGACUGUCCGCGGCGCUUCGCGGCGCGGGAGGAGUUGAAUCGGCAUCAACACAUCAUCCACCCCAAGGACCAGGUGGCGUGUCCACACUGUCCAAGGCUCUUCCAGGACCAGUGCGAGUUCGAGGCACACGUGGAGCUCCACCAAAACGGGACGUCCCACGGGUGCGUCGAGUGCGGACACCACUUUGACACGGAGGCGGCCCUGAACGAGCACGUGGAGAAGCGGCACUCGAAAGAGCUGCAGUUCGAGUGCCGGCUGUGCCACCAGCGCUUCCGCACCAUCGGCCAGAGGGUCAACCAUGUCCGCAGGUACCACCCGCGCGUGCUGGUCAAGUCCCACGUGUGCGAGGUGUGCGGCUCGGCCUUCCGCUACCAAAGCGGCCUCGCAGUGCACAAGCUGGAGAAGCACACGGGGCGGACCCAGGGCAAGCUGUUCGAGUGCGACUAUUGCGGCAAGGUGUUCGGGCGCAGCAACGUGCUGGCCAUGCACCUGCGGGUUCACACCGGGGAGCGGCCCUACCUGUGCCAGCACUGUGGCCUCACCUUCCGCAACCCGACCAACCUCAAGUACCACACGGUGAACAUCCACACCAAGAACUACGCCGUGUUCUGCCCCAUCUGUGCCCGGGGCUUUGUGGUGCGCCGCAAGCUCGCCAAGCACCUCCUGCAGGUGCACAAGGCGGUGGGGGUGCCCCCAGUCACCCGGGCCGGACGCGCCAAGCCGGUCUACAUCGAGCAUGCAACCGUGCCGGUCGUGUCGGCCGAGACCGGGGACGAUUCGGUGCUCAACAUCAUGCAAAUUGUAGACACGGCGGACUCUGGCGUCGGCGAGUUUGCCACCGUCACCGAGGAGACCGUAGAGAUGGUGGACAUGUCGGGGGUUGAGUUCGACAGCGGGGCCACGGUCGAGUGCUACACCGUCAGUUGAUGGGCAACCGAACCUUCCGGCGUUUUGUCUGACGGCUGCGACGGCGCAACGCGCAGUACGCGUCUCCGACUGGUGCGUCCGCUGCGUCCAAAGAGGCGGUCCCUCGGCUUCCGCCUGACGUCAUCCUAGGAGUGUUGAGCUGCCAACUGUUAAUCCGGACUGUGUCGCAAGAGGGGUGGCAGGUGUGGCAGACGCCUGUUCUGCUGCAGGUCGUUUCCACCGAAGCUUUGGAGGCCACAAGUUGGGCCGCCACGACGACGUUAGCUCCUACUUUUUGUUAGAACUUCUGCGCCCAACCAUCAGGAUUGCGACAUCCGGUUUUUGGUUUUCUCUGGUUUUUGUGAGGUCACUUGUUGCCACCUUUGGACGCAUGGGCGGAAUAGGAUGCUAAAUGCACCAGUCGGUGACGCGUUGCAGACACCGUAGCUGCAACAAGUCAGCCGAAGUGUCGUGCCUCUGGUUGUGCAGUCUUUAGAUUGGUGUGACUGUUUCGAAAGGCUCGCCUGUGGUUGGCAACAGGUUAGAAGCUCGGGGGAAGUCCCUCCCACCUCUUUUCACUUUGUUGGAGCGAACGCUGGAAAGGAGGCGACCUCCUCUCCAGCAUUUGCUCUGUUUUAGUAGAAAGAGGUGGAAGGAGCUUCCCCCAACCUUUUAACCUGUCAUCGACUAUAGUGGGGUUUAAGCCAGGGUUUUUUUUUCCCGAAGGGCUGGGCAUGGUGCUUUUUAACGGCACUUUGAGUGAAGAUCACGGCCCCGAAUGAACUGCUUUUUGAUUUUGCCGGUUUUUACCAUGGGAGCGACCCUUUAUGUGGCUGCUGCUUCUUUUCGCACUUUGGUGUUGUCGUUUAUGAUUAUUGGGCAAAAAAACGAAGCGGCAUUGCAUCCAAAGGGAAUGUGUUUCGACUGUAAUCGGUCAGUCUUCGAUUUGCAUUGUUUGGCGAAACAUUCUGUUCAACUAGGACAAUGUUAUCGAAAAUCGUGCGGACUCCACACUUUCAAUCAAUGGACUAAGAAGGACAGUUAAAUGCAUGGAGUAGACUUGUCCUUUAAUGUUGGGUUAAAGUGUUUCAUUUACACAUCCUGUUCAUUUAUGUCCUCAUUCGUUGGUAUUUAAAAUAAAGGCAUUACUUCCUCA